AUGAAAGUGUUGGUUCAGAUCCAUAAAGUCCCUGAACGUAUCACAGAGAACUCUAGUAAUGUGUGGGUGCGGGUGUGCCAUGCCGAGGCUCACAGAGGACUGAAACAGUACCGUCAGGCUUUAAAAAACUGGGAGUCCUGCCUGAUUGCUACCCCAUCCCCAGAGGGAUAUUUCCGGAAAGCAAAAAUUCUCCAAGAGAUGGGUCAUGUAGAUGACUCUCUGCAGGUCUUCCUUCAGUGUUUGGCAUUGGAUGAAAACUUCCAUCAGGCCAAACAAGAGGUGGAAUUGAUCUUGCAUGACCUGUUGGCUCCGGCCUGUGAUAAUGUCAAGGUUGGUUUGAGAGAGACAACCCACAACACUUCCUCACACUUGCGCAGUAAAACCCUGGUGUCCGAGGGCCAGGAUCGAGACCAGCAGACCCAGUUGCAAGCCCAGCACCAGUCUGGCACACAGGCAGCAUCUCCACACCAGCCCCUUACAACCUCAGAGAAACCAGGUCGGUCUGAAAGUCUGGAGCGCUCCGGCCUGAGCAGAGCUCACUCCCUUCGUGCUCACGGGAUAGCAGGAGCUGUAGAGGAGGGGCUUAAAAGAGUUAGCUCCGCCCCACAAUUGGGUGACCCAGAAAAAGGCGCACUGCUAAAGAGGAAGCUUUCUGUGUCUGAAGCAGGGCCUGGCGUGGCUUACAGCCACAGCAGUAAAUAUAAAAAGCAAGUAGCGAAUGCCAGUGCAGCUACUCCUGUGGUUGCUGAGGAAACCAAGUCCCAUCGAACCUUGCCAAAAGACCUGCUGGACCCUAAUGAUUUUGAAUGCUCUCUCUGUAUGAGAUUAUUUUAUCAGCCUGUCACGACACCCUGUGGCCACACGUUCUGCAAAAACUGUCUGGAGCGCUGUCUAGACCACAAUCCCCAGUGCCCUCUCUGCAAAGAAAGCCUAAAAGAGUAUCUUGCCUUCAGAAAGUACACAAUCACACAAGUGCUGGAUAACAUCACUAAGCAGUAUCUAUUCAAGGAACAUUCAGAAAGACUGAAGCUGCAUACAGAGGAAACAAAAGAGCUCUCAGAUUUAACAAAGAAUGUGCCCAUCUUUGUUUGUACCAUGGCCUACCCCACUGUGCCUUGCCCCCUUCAUGUGUUUGAGCCACGAUACCGUCUCAUGAUCCGACGCUGCAUGGAAACCGGGACACGUCAGUUUGGCAUGUGCAUCAGCGACCCCCAGAAAGGGUUUGUGGACUACGGCUGCAUGCUCCAGAUCCGCAGCGUGCAUUUCCUCCCAGAUGGGCGGUCUGUUGUGGAUACAGUCGGAGGAAAGAGGUUUCGCAUCCUCUCACGUGGAAUGAGAGAUGGAUACUGUAUCGCCAACAUCGAGUAUCUGGAGGAUAUGAAAGUAAAUGAUGAGGAGGAUUUGGAGAAGCUACAAGCGUUACAUGAUCAGGUGUACGACCAGGCCCGUAAAUGGUUCCAGAACCUGGAGAACCGCUUCCGGAACCAGAUCCUGCAGCAUUUUGGGCCCAUGCCAGAGAGAGAAGCUGACAUCCAGGCCACACCUAAUGGUCCAGCAUGCUGUUGGUGGCUACUAGCUGUUCUUCCUGUGGAUCCACGCUACCAGCUGUCUGUUCUUUCCAUGACAACACUAAAAGAGCGACUAGUCAAGAUCCAGCACAUCCUCACCUACCUGCAGAAACUUUCCAGCGACUAGAGCUUCCACACAGAUCUCUGUUUCCACCAGCUAAUGUCUGUGUCCUUCUGCUGGCCAACAUGCAAACACUCUAUGGUGCUGACUGAUGAAGAACUAAUGAGAAUUCAAGGAGACUCCACUGAAAGCCCGACACCGAUUUCUGUCUGUGGGCUUAGAUGUAAUUCAUGCCGAGAGAGUUAUAAGAACAAAGUGUUUUUGUCGUUUCAUAGCGAUCUGUUCAUCGCCAUCUGACUUUUCUUUGUGCGGAUCCCUGUAGUAUUUAUUGUCGAACCGCCUGUCCAUUCUCAUUUAGGAGAAACAAUCUACUUAAUCUCACAUUUCCGUCUAAUGCCCGUAGCCUCCAUACAGUGCUUUGAGGGCAGAAAUAUUGCUGGAAAGCAUUCCAACAUAUUCACGCCAUGCUUUGUGUGUGUGUGUUUUGAAAUGACAGGGAGCAUCUGCAAAAACUAAUCUUCAAGGUAGAUUUUUCGGCACCAAGGUAGAAGACAAGACCAUUUUGAAUAUCUUUUCUUUUUCUCUUGGAAAAACAAAAGCAGAAAUAUCGCUUCCAAGCAUCCAACCGAGCUUUUGCACAAGAAGUCACUGUCGCACAACAGCUGAGUCGCCUAAGACAGAGAAAACUCUGACGAUGCACUUAUAUUCAUUUGUGUUACUUUUGCAGUAAUGGACGUUAAUGAAGCUUGCACUGUCCCGUCCUGUCUCAGAGAUGGGCACGAGACUUCUGUUUAGAAUAGAUUUAUUUCUGCCGGGGAAAUAAUUAGGACUUCCAAAUAUCUCGAUAGUUUCCUUUCAGACGUAUCAUUCAUUUGCUGUGGGUUUGCUUUGGUCAGUCAAAACAGCAAAAUCAACGUGUCACCAUAUUGCAAGUGUCUCUGUUAGUUACAAGCUGCUCUGUCAAAUUCUUUAGAAGUCAUUUUUAAGAAUGAUGCUGAGAUAUUGAUGUAUUUUAUUUGAGUAAACAAAGGGAAACUUGCAAUAUUUUGACAGAUGUAGACAAGUAAAAAAACAGACUAUCGUUGGCUGCAACCAGCACCAUACUGAAAGGAGAUUUAUGUUAUGAGUUAUGAAUGCUAACUCACUAGCUCAUACCUGUGUGGUGCUUGUUGUGUGCAGACUAACUUUUGCCUUAUAAUACCUUGUUGCGUUCUGCUCCUACGGUAUAAUGCAUGGGCUUGGGUUUUUGCAUUCCUGUUGGCGGAGAAUUCAUUCUGUGGUUUAAUUUACUUCAUUUGCCUCUUGGCCACAAUCCUUUAAGUGUGUAAAAUAUGUCAGAUAACGGCUUUGUUGUAUGUAAAUCUUUUUGUUUUGAAAAAUAAUUUUUUUUUUACAGCUCUGCUAAGAUAUUUAAGUUGUCAAUUUUCAAAUAAAAUGCACAUCU